AGACGGCCAUCUUCGCCGCCAACAUCUUGCGCGUUCUCUCCUGCUCUCCUCUAAUUCAGUCAUUACUCACUUUUCUCUGAUAUUAAUUGGUUCGGGAACCACUUUCUUUUACAUUCGCUCAUUCAUUACACUCUUUUAUCACUUGCUCUUUGCGGUCAGCGGCCACCACGUUCCAUACAUAGCCGCAAUUCGAUAUCAUUGCAUCGACCUCCUCAUCACUUAGACGCACGAUACUCACUACGAUAUCAUGACUGAAGUCAUGGCCCAACAUGGUGCCACACUUGCUGCUCCGUCCUCGCGACAAGAUGUGGUCAGCGAGCUCUUGGACGACUACAUCUACGAAGACUCCUACGACGUGGAGGAAGCGUCACCAAAGCCGAGCCUCGCACCCGCAUUCAAAGAACUGCCACCACCUCCUCCACGUACGGACAGCCUGAGAGACCCAAAAGCGGAAGCUAUUGAGCGAAUGAACACAAAAUUCCAAUUGAGAGAAGACGACACGUCGUCUAUCUCUUCGAAAGGUUCGCGCAAUGGCUCGCUAGAUCAGACUCCCAGAACGCGUAUCACAUCACGCAGCCUUUCCCGCAGCGGAACACCACCUUCUCUUAACCUAUACGUGAGCAACGGAGCCACCGCUCAUAUCCCACCUACACCUAUUGUCUUCCCACAAGUGCAGCCGCUUCCGUCCUCAGUUAUUCCUGACAGCAAGGAGCUACCGCCUACACCACCGGAACGAUCCAUCAGACGAAAGGAGCUACAGCCCGCGACCAUGGGUCACAAACCGUCCAAGAGUGAGCUUGAGCGGAAUGACUCUUUCCACUCUCAAAAAGAUGGCAAGUCUUCGAACGAGGAGGCUAUCGCUGCAGCACCAUCAGUCAAGCGGAAGGCUGUUCCUGAAUCAGGUGUCAGAAAGUUUGUCAGUUUGCUCGAGCUGAAAAACGGCCCUCGUGGUGGAAAGCCCACAUCUGCACCCACUUCUGCGCCACGAGAGACGAGUGCUGGUGGUGUCGUAGACGCCGUACAGAGCAGUAUUCCAAUUCAGAUCGAAAUUCCUACCAACAGCCAGCUGCCGCCCACACCACCGGACGAGAAGGCUGUCCCGUCGCCGCCUCGCAAAGCUCUCAUGGGCAUCGGACUUCCAUCAAAUCCUCGUACCAAGCAGCCGAUGUCGCCUCUUCACGCACGUGGCAAAAGCAGCACAGGCUUCAACAUCUUGAAGGCUCAAAGGCCCGCCCCUCCUGUCCCAACGAUGAUGAAGAAGGAGGUCACCACGCCUGAGAUGACACCGUCGCCGACGUUAAAGCCGGAGAUCCGACUAGACAACGAGAUUUCCCCCAUGAAGCCGCUUCCGCCACCAUCCGAGGGCAACAGACCAUUCAGCUACGAAGGGCCCGGUGAACAGCAGCAGGUCCCGCCUAUGCAAAAGCAGAUCGAAGAGCAAGAUGCUGGGUCAACCGAGGAGAUGGCCGAGCAACAGACCGAAGAAGUGCCCUCGCUGCCCUCCCCAGCUGCUCCAGCAUCAACACUCUCGGCUCAGCCCGCGUUUCCUAUGCGCACAACGUCCCUCGACCCUCCAGAGCCCAGUCCCUCUGUCCGUCCCUCGACCGCCCCAGCGCCCCAAUCGACCUUCAUCACAACCCACCCCUCGCUUUCCAGCACCACGCUUGCCGAAGAAGCCGACACACAGACCGAGAUCGAAGCACCACCCUUCACCCCUCUCACUAAGCGCCCCAUCCCGCUCAAAGUCAACCUCAUCCCCCGCAUCACUCCCUCGCAACUCCACUGCUACACCUCCCACCGCACAAACGUCUGGUCCAACAACGUCUUCCAGCCCAUGGGCUGCAUGGUGUGCCACAGCAACGAGACAGACCGCAAGUUUAGCUGCACCUGGUGCCAGCUGCGCAUCUGCCGCGGCUGCAGCGAAGAGCUGAUGAUGGUGCCUGGGCGGGAUCUGGGCGCGCUGCUGCGCGCGAGGGAGAAUGAGACUGUGGACGCUGGGCCGAAGGUGCUCGUUGAGGAUGUGGAUCUUGAGGAAUAUGAGGAGUCCGAGCGGGCGGGCAGGGGGCGCUCGAUGGCCAAGGUGGAUUCGCGGGAGCGCGCCGAGGCGCUGACACCAAGGUAGCAGGGUGGCUGAUGGGAGUGCGCUGGGCCGCGCGUGGUUACGGUACUGGCUAGACAGGCUGGAUCUGCAUGAACGGCGUUUUGUGGGUUGCUGGUGGGGUUUAUUGAUUUCCUAUGUCCAUACGAAGAAGAUACCAGGUCGAUGCGAUAUCGCGCGCAUACUACAU